UCCCAGCUUCCGGGGUAAACGGAAGACAUCAGAAAGAGCACAUCGAAUGAGAAAGACGCUAAUAAGUCAGUCCUAUUAUUUUUUCUCCAGUUUGAAAUAUUUACGUCGUAUAAAAUACAUAUUUGAUUCUUUAUUUAAGGAUAAAGUGGUCUGGAUGCGCUAGAAGCACUGUGCUGCUUCUCGUGCUAUCUUUGCUUGUUAGUUAGCUUAGCUCGCUAGUUAGCUUAGCUUGUUAGCUGCUAACAGAAGACACAGAAGUUAUCAACACAUCGCUAAGUAGAGAUCAAGUGUGAGAGUAAAGUGUUGUGAUUGUGUGAAAAUGUCUACAUUACAAAUGUUGAGAGCGUUGGUGGAUCAGCGACUAACUGCUGCCGUUGAAGAAAUAUUUGUAGUGUUAGAAAGAACGAUAGCAGAAUACCAGGCGGAACUUUCUAGAACUAAAGAGGAGAACAAUCAACUACUGGACGCUGUUUUCAAGAAACAUCAAGUUGUGUUACACAGAACAGACGUCGAAGAACAUAUUUUUCGUGAGCAGGAAGAGGAACCACAGUCCCCCCACAUUAAAGAGGAAGUUGAGACGCCACAGACCCAUAGUGUUAAACUGACCCUUCACAUUAAAGGGCAAGCGGAGGACCCACUGAACUUACACAUCAAAAAUAAAGAGGAGGACCCACUGACCCCUCACAUUAAACAGGAAGAGGAGUACCCACUGACCCCUUACUUCAAAGAGGAAGAGGAGGACCAAGAGCCGCCGCAGAUUAAAGAGGAAGAGGAGGAAAAGGGCAUCAGUCAGCCUAAAUGGUUGGAGGAGUUCCCAGUGACUGGUGUCCCUGUGAAGAGUGAAGAUGAUGAGGUGAAAGGUGAAAGUGAGGAGAGGGGAGGGGGGGAGCCUCCAAGCAGCAGCUCAACACAACACAUGACAACAGAAGCUGAUGGAGACCACUGUGGAGGAUCACAAGCAGACAAGCUCUUAGCUCCACUAUCAGAUAGUGAGGACACAACGUCACACUCUCCUGACACUGAUGAUGAAGACUCUAAAGAUGAUAAGACAUGUCACACUGACAACACUCACUUCACAUCUUCUCACUGUCACAAAACCUUUAAAUACCAUUGUAGUCUGAAAGUACACAUGAGAACACACACUGGAGAAAAACCUUUUUCUUGUUCACUCUGUAGUAAAGGUUUUGCACAAAGUCACGAUUUGAAAAGACACAUGAGAACACACACUGGAGAAAAACCUUUUUCUUGUUCAAUAUGUGGUAAAGGUUUUACACAACGUCAAAAUUUGAAAGUACACAUGAGAACACACUGGUGAAAAAAACGUUUCUUGUUCAAUCUGUGGUAAAGGUUUUGCACAAAGUAAUAAUUUGAAAAGACACAAGAGAACACACACUGGAGAAAAACCUUUUUCCUGUUCGACCUGUGGUAAAGGUUUUACAAGAAGUACAUAUGCGAAAGUACACACGAGAACACACACUGGUGAAAAAUCACAUUCCUGUUCAAUCUGCAACAGAAGCUUUUGUUGACGAUCAACCCUUGUAGCACACAUGAGAAGACACCCAGGAGAGAAAGUGUUGAGUUGCAGUGUGUGUGGUGAAAGAUUGUCUUCUAAGUAGCAGUGUAAGAAACACAAGUGUGCUGGUGAGAACAGCAGCAGCAAAUGAAACUGCAGGAUUUGAAAUAAACUGUCCAGACUUUCAUUUUGACUUUCUAACAACAUCAUCACAUAUAACAUGUGUGACAUUGUUGUUUGUCUAACAAUCUGUUCAAUAUGCUUCUACAUUUAUAGAUUAGACAGUUUGAAAUAUAAAAGUAUUACUUAUUUGUAGUUGUAAUUGUUGAUAAUCCCAUAGAUUAUCACCUUUAUAUGAUAUACAUAUGUACUGGUUCACAUCUGAAACAUCUUCUGGACCACUUCAGGAAGCAUAUUAUUAUUUACUUUAUACAUCAUUUGAACAGUUGUCUUUUAUACAAUUUUAAAAUGUGUGACUUUAUGAAUCAUUUGUUGGGUCUCUAUAAUCCAUUUUAUUAAUCAUCUUUACUACUCUCUUUUGUAAUAUGAUGAUUGUGUUGUGAUUUUUUUAUACUUUAACUUAAUAUGUAUGUACUUGUACGUUUAUGCAAUAAAAAGUGAGAGAAAAUGGC